AUGAACUUGACAUGCUUGGGCUCGCGGAAACGCAAGUUGCGCUCCCUCUACAAGAUCACUGCCUGCUGCGCCGCCACCCUCCACGCAGGCCACCAGCCGCGUGUAGACGACUUCGCGCACAACGACAUCGACGACGACGAGGGCCGCUUUCUCGACCAGUGUGACAUUGAAAGAGGGCAGCGCUUCAAAGAAACAACGUUGCCAUAUAUCACGUUCGAGGACGACCAACGACCACCUCUACCCGCUACAUUCCCCUUUCAACUGCCCUCCAAGGCUCCAGUUUCCAAGUUCCCUGCAUCGACGCCAUCGCCAGUUGUUGGCACACCCAGCCUCGAGGACCAGCUGCGCGCUGCAUCGUCGUCGCCAGCGGUCGCAGACCAACCACUGCCUCCAGAACGAGCACCACCUCCGCCGGUUGGAACGCCAGUCGGUCAUCGAGGCAGGGCCUCCUUGCACAGUGCCUCGGCUGCCGAUGAGGAAAUUGCGAACACGACCAAGUCUGGCCAACCUACUCAGGCACCCGCCGUCCAAGAGGUAGAGAGCCGAAGUCUCGACUCCGUUCAGCCAGGUGCCACAGUGUUGACGACGCCCGAAGAUGUCGACUCUACAUCGCUGCCUGUGCUUCCUACCGACAGGAAACAGAAGCCACCUCAGGUUGUACACCUGCCACCCCAGCAUGUCCAAGAAGCAAAGCUGCAAGAUACGGAACGCAGGCUGGAGAAAGUGGCGGACAAAGAAAGGAAAGAGGACGAACAUGCUGCCCAGACACAUGUCAGUGGAGCCGUUGAUGUGUCGUCGCCAUCGUCAACCGUCGGCCCCUACUCGCAAGCAACACCACAUGCGGCUCACCACUCUCCAGACACUAGCCCUGACUCGGAGUCUUACAACGACCAUGGCCUUGGACGACUAGGGGCAGAUGAUAUUUUGGAUCCCGCCGCGCAACAAGUCAAGGAAGAUCACGAACGUGCCCUGCAGAAGCAAAUGAAGGAGGCCCGUGACCAAGCACGCGGGCGCGAGAACGAUUCUCCAACUCCAGAAAUUGAAAAGCAGAUUGAAGAUGAGCAAGCAAUACGCUUGGCAAGAGAUGGAAAGAUUCAUCUUGGCGGCGCGAAUUCUACGGCGACGCAAUCUUUCACAAAGGAUGCCAACGAAGUAGCGAGAACAGCGACGGCUGCGCAGGAGGAGCUGGCUGGUUAUAAGAAGGUGCACGAUCCGGCAGCCGACUCUUUGCUGACACCUACGACCACUGCACCUGAACCGUCUAAUAUGGGUGACCACCAUACCGACAUGGCAGGAUCUGAUGGCGAUGCUGCAGCCCUCGACCACCCAACACCGCCUGCCGAUGCUGAUAUUGAGAUGAAUGAUGCACCUACGCCGGCACAUAUGGCUGCCUCGCCCCAGCCUCCACCCAGACCUGAACGAAUGACUACGCGUGUUUCUUCAGGUGCCAUGCGUCAGAAGUCUGUUUCUGAGAUCAUGGGAGAAAGGUCGGGGCCUAGAUCUAUGCUGACCCCUCGCUCCAGCAAUGCUUCAGCGUCCAUCAGCCCACGACGACCAAGAACGGGUGAACGCAAGUCACGCGAAGUAUCCACUGUCGUAUUCGCAAAGAAAACGCCGACUCGAUCGUCCAAAGCUCUACAGUCUUAUAACGAGGACUAUGCAUCACUGCAAGGCGCCUCAGAAGACUCGAGCCGCGACUAUCUUGAAGGUCUCUUCAAAUAUCAAGCCCAUCAUCCACCACGAUCUGUGCCUUUGCAGGAAUUGGUAAGCUCGGCACGCAAGACUGUUUCUACCGCUGGUACGCUUGCUAUGAUCCGUGAACAACAAGACUAUAAGAUUCUGAAGAGAGUUUAUCAACUGCAAAAUGCGAAUCGAUGGUCUCUGCGACAGCUCCAGAAAGCGGUCGAGCCUGAACGUCCAUUUACACAUCAGGAUCAAUUACUCUUGGAGAUGAAGUGGAUGCAGACGGAUUUCAGAGAAGAGAGGAAAUGGAAGAAGAGUCUUGCGGCGUCAUUCGCAGAAUGGUGCGCAGAAUACGUCAACAGUACACCCACACAACGGACGUCACUCAAGAUAAACGCCUACAUCCCACAAUCAGCAAGACGCACCGGCAAUGAAGACGAAGAUAUGCACGAUGCGCCUACGCCGGAUCUUGUCCAUGCCGGUUCAAACGAGCUAGAGACCGAGUCCUACGCAGACGACGACGAACUCUUAACUCCUCAAAAUGCAACCCCACCCGCUGCUCUUUUCUCUCUGGGAUUCAACGAUGUUGUCAUGAAGAUCAAACGAACACCCGCUAGCGAUACCAUGUUUAGAGAACUACCGUUUUACGAGCCCAUGCUUGAAGGAUCUAGUGAUACGAAUCCCUUUUCAAUCUCAGAGCCUCCUAUCCUGCCCGUGUCCAAAUUUGUCACGGGUAAGCUUGUUUCCCAAAUUCGAGGCCCACCAAAGAAGCGAAGUCGAUUCGAUUACGACUCCGAGGACGAACCAUCCUCUCCACCUAGCAGAUCUGGCACUUCCGCAGAACAUUCCAUGCCAUCGACUCCAGGUCGGAGACUAUUCUGUCGAAACGAUUUGCCUCCGGAGAUGACGGAUGUUGCACUCUUCAACGCCGAGAACAAACAUGUUCGUGAUCGGUUGCAAGCUGCUCAUCAGUUCAGACCCCCCACCGAAUUCAACAUGCCUUCUGUCGCUUUCUUCGAGAACAGGACCCCCUCGCAAUGGCUAUGGGAAGAGGACCAGAAGCUCCGAGCUCUUGUCAAAGAGUACACUUUUAAUUGGUCUCUUGUCUCCCAGCAACUCUCCCUACCAUCGCAAUUCGUGUCUGGGUCUGGUAGAAGGACGCCAUGGGAAUGUUUUGAGCGAUGGGUUCAGCUCGAAGGUCUGCCUGCUGAAAUGUCUAAGACGCAGUACUUUCGCACGUACCAGAGUCGCUUGGAGGCUGCCAAUAAAACUGUAUAUGCACAGUUUCAGGCUCAGCAACAACAACAACAGCAGCAGCAGCAGGGUCAGACCCCAGGACAACCACGGAGACGCCCUACCACAACGCCGAUACGUGUUGAGAGGAGAAGGGAGAAUAGACAUCUCGCUAUCAUCGAUGGAAUGCGCAAGCUCGCUAGGAAGCGUGAAUCUGCUGCACACAAGCAAGCGGAAUCUCAGAAGGCUGCUGCACUCAGGAAAGCUCAUGAACCAGCGGCGCCAAAGAGCAAUGUCCACACUCCACAAGAAUUCAGCCGACUUAAGUGGGAACGUGAAGAGAAGAUGAAGCAGCGGCAAAUGCAACAGGAGAUGAUGGUUAGACAACAAAUGGCAGCACAACGUCAAGCCCAGAUGCAGGUGCAACCUGGCAUGGCCAAUGGCAUGAACCAGAUGCAGCGCAACGGGACACCUGCAGGCAACGCCAACAUGUCUGCGCAAAUGGCCAAUAUGUCUGCUCAACAAGGUCAGAAUGGCGGUGGAAUGGUAUCUCGACCGCAUCAGUCUCAACAGGGCAUGCAAGCCAACUUUGCUAACGGCAAUAUGGGCGGCAUGGGUAUGGGUACGCCAGGUGUACCACAAGCACAGAUGCAGGGCAACAUGCAGAAUGCACAGCGUAUGGGACCUCCAGAUCCACAAAUGCGCAUGGCCAUGCAAAGAGGCCACUUGCAGAACGCCAAUCAGCAGCAACAACAAUUCCAACUGCAACAACAGCAGAUCAACAUGGCCUCCAAUCUUGCACAGGGCAUGGGCAUCAACAGUAUGCCAAACGCAAAUAUGAUGGCGCAUGUACCCUCCCCGGGCUUCAACGGCAAUAUGAACGGAAGCGUGAAUACACCCAUGAAUGGCAUGGCCAACAAUGCUGGAUCACCGCGAAUGACUGGUAACGCCAGCAUGCAGCAGACGUCUGCCCGAUCCUUGUCCAAUGCGCACAUGCCCCAGUAUGUACAGUAUCAAACUCAACUCAAAGCACAACAUCCGGAUUGGACCCCCGAACAAAUUCACAAGGUGGCCAGCGAUUAUGUGCACCGGUUCGUAGUCAAGCAACGGACCCAGGCAAUGAAUGCGGCAGCUGGAUCCUCUGGCAUCAAUCCCUCUGUGCAAAACGGAAAUCACAGUUAUAUGGCACAACAACAGCCAUCACAACCACAACAUGGUGGCAUGAAUAGCAACCCCCAGCCCAACCCGGUACAGAACUAUCAGCAACAGCUCGUCCAACAACAACGUCUAAUGAGCCAACAGCAACGGCAACAGGCUGGCAGUCCAGGCGUAAACCCACGUCCACCGAGCCGGAGCGCAACGCCGCAGAACCCACAAAUGCAACCAAGCCCAGGCAUGCAACAGGCUCAAAUCAACCGUUCUUGA